CUGGUAUUGCUCCUCGAGCCAUGGAGAGAAUGUUCUCCGCCAUCAAUGAAAACAAGUACGGCCAUUCUUUAAUUUAGAUUUCCAUUGUAGACAUGAUAUAGAGACCUACAACCAGGGGCGUAGUCAGUCCUAGCCCCCCCCCCCCCCACUUUUCUUGAGGACGAACCUUUGUAAUUCUUUCACAACUGAGAAGAAACUUGGGGGGGGGGGGAGUCGUAACCUCGUAAUGUUUUCAUCUAUGACAUAAAAUGUACCAAACAUUUCCGGGGGACCAUGCCCCCCCGCCAGACGGCUUAAUUAAGUAGUCCAAACACAAACCAUAGCAGCUUUUAACACCAUUAGUCCAAGAUGUUUUGCGCUUUAUUUAAAAUCGCACCGCACUACACAUUUUGUAACUUUGACUUUGUAUAAUUGUAUUUUUUUCUUAUUUCAAUAGGGGUAAAUUCAGCUUCAAGGUUUCUGUGUAUAUGUUGGAAUUGUACAAUGAUCGUUUGAUUGAUUUGUUGGCAGAAAAUCACGCUGCAGAUGUAUCCUUUGAAUAUCAUUCUAACUUUCAUUCUGUUACAGUAAAAAUCGGCAUGAAACUAUACCACCGUUUUUCAUGUCAGGCGAAAGUGGUUCUUAUAUAUUAAGGUCAGUGAGAAAUUUCGCCAUGUCGAUUCUUAACAGGUUCUUAUUUCUAUUCAAAAACAAUCGUUCCUGGCUGAGUGUUUGAAAUGAAUUUUUUUCCCUAAUAGGUGAGGUCUGAAUUUGAUAAAAAAUGCCUCGGAAUUUGAUAAAAUGUAUCUUCAUUGAGUACAGAACAACAGACUAUGCUUUUUCAUUUGCAAUGGUAAAUCAAGCAUAUACCUUUUAAUUAAGGCGUGUUUUAAAGAUUCACAAGUGGCAGGCCAUAACUUGAAAAAGGGCCCAUUGAGGCUCGAUAACUUAAAAAAAUAUCAAACGUAUUGAUACGAAAAUUUGUGAGACUAACAGACAUUGCCCAAGGACAGAUUGGUUAAAUUUAAAUUUGGGCGAAAAUUGGAUGAGAAGUUAGCAAAAGUUUGUCUCGUAAACUGAAUACCAGGGUUGCCAGGUUGUCUGAGCCCGAAAGAGCCAAAUGAUACGUAAAAAGUAGUAGCCAGAUCCGGCCAAAAGAAGCCAAAAUUGAAAUUUAGAGUGGGGACUGGGGAUAACCUAAUUACACGAAUUAUAUACCCAUAAAAACAAUCGCUAAUACAUUUAUAUUUGACAUAGUGACUAAGAAUUCCAACUCAAACUUUAUUUAGUUAUCAAGGUAGCAUUAGUAAAGACGUAGACAGUUCUUUAAUUAACUUUAUAUUUCUGGUUCUAAUGGAAGUUCGUCUUCGUCAACUACGGAUCGAAAAAACCCCGAGUAUUUUAUAAAUUUUGUUUUCCCGCCGUUCGGGGCAAACCGCGUAAGCCCGGGGAGAGGGUACUAAUUCCAAUCGGAUAUUUACGUACAUCUGGAUUCCCGGAUAAUGUGAUCGAACAUAGAGUUUAUAACCAAUUUAUGACUAUUUUUGAAAAGUUGCUUAUUUCAGUAUUUAUUCAAGAACAAGCCAAAAAGAUCCAAAAAAUAGAAAGAAGCCAAACGAAUUUUUAGUAGCCAAACAAAGUCAAAAGAAGCCAAAAUCGAGAAAUUUGGCUCUUUUAACGCCAAACUGGCAAUCCUGCUGAAUACGUAAUUAACCCAGUGUAUAAUUUAUGCAUGAUUCGUUUUUUUAACUCUAUGUUUUUUCUGUUGUUGCUGUCGUUGUUAUCGUUGUCAUUCCACAUCACUGUCUUGAGCUACUUUUUCAUAUUUAUGCAGACUUGUUGAAAAGCGAAUGUACAGAACUAACAUGACCAGCACUACAGCAGAUGAUAUUGAAUAGAUGAGCAAUGUUAGCUGUGUGCCCAAGAUGUGGAAAAGAACUCCCAUCAGACUCGAUCCGGCAUCAAAUGCUGCAGCGUAAACUGUCUCUUGUAGGCCUAAAAGCAUAAAAAACGUUCAACCAAUUAUCUCAAACUCAUUAAUAAUUCAGGAGGAAAUUAGCUCACAUCAUUAAUUUCGAGACUAGGACUGGAUCACAGAGUACGUACAUAUAGACCUCUCACUUUUGCGGGAAAAGCGUAACGUAGUUUUUACCAUUGUUUUUACUGCGUAUAUCUGGCGGCCAUGUCCUUAGCAAGUGCCUUAAAGAGAGGCAUUCACCCCCCUGGAACAUUAAAUUUCAAUUUGUUUUCAGGGGGUGACGGCCUGUCUUUAGGGCACUUGCUAAGAACAUUGCGGACUGAAAAAAUCCCUCACGUUGAUCAUAGUUAAUAGAAUAGAUAGUUUGGAAACUCAUUAGAAUAACAAUAUAACUCAUUUAUGUUAGUCAACGUUUAUUAAAGACCAUGUAAAGUCCGUAAUGUAAACAAACGCUUUGUUUACAUUUUGAACUCAGUGCUACAGUUGUAAAAUAUGAUUAGAUAUACAUUAUACAGAAUUCUUAACACUCUUUCGGUUCGCUAUGCUUGUAAAUGAAUACAGACUAGAGAUUCAAUUGAAGAAAGUUAAAAAAAUACGAAAUAUUAAUAACAUUCCAACGGACGGGUCGGCCCGACCAUUGGAAUGUAAGCCUGCGCAGAACGGACUUUACAUGGUCUUUAAUAAAUCUGGUCGUUCACCUUCACGUGCGUAUUGUAUUUUUGCCUGAACUAACCAAUAGCAAUGUCUUAGCAAUGUCUUAGUAAAGUCAGUGACCUAUCCGUGACUCGAACAAUAGGGUAAAUUGAAUAUUGCUAUUGGUGGAUUUGGUAAGAAUACAAUACACACGUGACGGUGAACGACCAUGUUUAUGAAUAAACGUUGACCAACAUAGAUAAUGAGUAAUAUUGUUAUUCUAACGAGUUUCCAAACCAUCUAUUCUAUUAACUAUGAUCUAAGUAUGACCGCAUGAUGGUAUACAUCAUAAAAUCAUUACGGAAUGUACACAGAGACUGUGGUAUGUGACGUCGUCAAGUGGAAGAACAAUGGGGUAUUUAUGCCUGGUUCACACUGGUCGUAAUAUUCGGGGAUUUCCAUUGUCUGUGGAGAGAUAUUCAGAACGGUAUGCCAUUCGAGGCAUUAGAGACCUUACGAUUUUAGGACGGCCGAGGACAGCAACGCGACGGCGACGGCCAAAACAAACUCCUUCAAAUAAAUGGUAGUAAAGAUAGUUCGCCGUGUAUUAUCAAUCGUAUGAAUUUAAUACAGUCUUAGAAGUUGAAGACAUGGGUUUUAUGGUUGGGAAGAGUUCUGCUAAACCCAGUUUGAAGUUGCACUUGUUGUGGCUUGGAAUGCAGCCGUUGUAUCAACACGUGAAAAUCUGUGAUUUAGCGUUGUAAACAGAGUGAGGACAAUGUCAGAACAGAGCGAGGACAAUGUCAAAGCGAGGACAAUAGAGAGUUUUAGCUUCACGUUUACGGCAAACGUCAAACCGCUAACGAAGUUUUUGAUUUUACAAGUCUAUUAUAACAGCUUUUACACCAGUUUUGAAAUAUAAACAAUUAUUACACUUGUGCUCUGUAGCAAUGAUUUAAAAGAAAGCAAAUUAACCACUAGUCACGUAUUCGCGAAAGCAGUAAAUUAUGAUUUGGCGUUUGAAGUUUACGUUUGGCGUAUAAAUUUCAUGCUUUAACGACUAUACAAGCCCUCAUAGCAGUUCAAGCAUGAAAUUUAUACGCCAAACGUAAACUUCAAACGCCAAAUCUUAAGUUUACUGCUUUCGCGAAUACGUGACUAGUGGUUAAUUUGCUUUCUUUUAAAUCAUUGCUAAAGAGCACAAGUUUAAUAAUUGUUUAUAUUUCAAAAUUGGUGUAAAGCUGUUAUAAUAGAGUUGUAAAAUAAAAAACUUCGUUAGCGGUUUGACGUUUGCCGUAAACGUCAAGCUAAAACUCUCUAAUGUUAGGACGGCAACGCGACGGCAACGGCUACCAAUAUACAAUAGAUGAUUGAAAGUAAUUGAGUAAUUACAAUAUAUGAAUAAUUUAGACAUUGUCCUCGCUCUGUUUACAACGCCAAAUCACAGAUUUUCACGUCUUGAUACAACGGCUGCAUUCCAAGCCCGCAACAAGUGCAACUUCAAACUGGGUUUACCAGAACUCUUUCCAACCAUAAAACCCAUGCAUGUCUUCAACUUCUAAAACUGUAUUAAAUUCAUACGAUUGAUAAUAUACCACGAACUAUCUUUACUACCAUUUAUUUGAAGGAGUUUGUUUUGGCCGUCGCCGUCCUAAAAUCGUAACGUCUCUAUUCUCUUCGCCAAUACGCAAGAAACAAACUUUAAUUUUUUUAAGAGACUCUAUGCAUAUAUGUAUUUACAUCAUUGUAACGAAUUUAUGUCCGACAAAUUUGGCAAUAAGAGAUGCCCGCCUCUUAUCUUGUCGGGCCACAUAAAACAAUUACUUGUUUAGCGUCCCCGCCCCGCCCGCCAAUUUUUUAAUUUUUUUUUUAAAUCCGUCCGAGUUUAGUGCAAAAACUCUCUAUAAAAAAGACCGUUUUACUUGAAAAAAUGGUGAUUUUAUUCUUCUGGGAGUUAUGUAAUACGUUUACACAAAGUAUUUCCUUCCUCGCAGCUAAAGUGCAUGUUCGCGCGUGACCGCCAAACGGUAGUCAUUUCUGUUUUAUUAAAAACAUGAACGGUAUUAAAAAACAUGAACGGAUUUUGAAAGAAUUAAAGUGAGUUUUGACUGUGGUAAUAUACUGGAUUUCCUGCAUUUAGCAGAAUUUUGAGUUGCAUUUUACGAAAAAAAACCCCCGCCCGCCCGACCUAGAAAAAUUAAAAUGGGUGGACGCUAAACAAGUAUUUUUUUAUGUGGCCUUAGUGUGUGUUAAUGCAGUUUAGCCAGAAAAUGCUUUACACUCGUCACAGAGUAUAUAGAGUAUAAGAGACCAUGCUGUCUCGUCACAUCAGGACGCGCUGUUUACACUACUUACCGAGGAUCAUACUUGAGUUUUCUUUUGACGCAGCGUUGUAGAAAAUUACAGUGAAUGCACAGUAAUUGAGACCAAGAGCAACCGCUUGAGAUGUAUCAAUCACGACAACCAACCAAGCUAGUCUUGCGAACGACAGCGCAAAAUACGAGCACGCAUAAAGAAACAUUGUCACACAUAUCGUCUUUAAUUCACCAAUCUUUCUUAUCACAUGAGUUGAAAGAAACGCAGAGAUCGCUACUGUUGGCCUUCUCACUAAACCUGCAGCGGCAAUUAAUAACGGGCUUGCAGAUAAUCCAUCUAAGUACCAAAACUCCCAAUAGGAUUGAAACGCUAUGCACAGUCCGGCAUAAAACAGAACGACGAACAUAAAAAUGUGGUGCGCAUUAAAAACAUCAGAUUUAACUCCAGACCAGGUGAAUUUUUUUUUCUCGUACUCAAACUUAAACCAAGGAAGAGAUAGCAUCGAAAGUAAGAACAUAAUUCCUCCCCAUAUGAAAGCUAUGAAAUACCCAUACUUCUCAACUCCACAGAUAUUUAUCCGAAUGUACCAAGCUAGCACAGAGACACACGGAAUAGAAAGAGCGCUUGCUAUAUAGGUCCACAUACGAUAAACGCCAUAACUCCCGUUUCCUCCUUGAAUGAAAGUCAUUGUGGCUAGGUUUGCUAAAGAUAGAUCUAUACGAUCAAAAAACUGCGUCAGAGAUCUUGAGAUUAUCAGUAUUAGAAAUAAAACACUUAGCGAAGACUGUGAAUUGUGAGUCUUGGAGGAGGGUUUGGCUGGAUUGUUGGAAUAGUUUGAAGGUAUAGAACUCCGUCGGAUACGUUGUGUAGAUAAGGUGUUGUUAAAUUUUGAGGAAUGGUGAAUCUUAGAGACAGAUAGGCGUGUUUUUUGCUUCGAGUACUUCGAGAACAUUUGGCCAUUAUGGCGCGAGGAAACUUGUUGUAUUGAUAGAGUGUGGGUUGAUGUUAAAUAUGGUUUGGAAUGGUGUGGUUUCGAGUCGGUUAUGCGGGUUCUAGUAGGGUUGGAAUUUUUCGAAUGCACUGACACGGUAUUCGGUGGGCUGUUGUUCAAUGGGAAAUGAGAAAUCGUUUGGUGGAUCAUGAAGGCAGAUGAGUUAUUGGUGGUUAUAUUGACCGAACUAUUAAUGAAGAUAUGUUGUUGUACCGUUUUAAGAGACUUUGUCGAUGUAAAGUGCUUCUUGUUGCUGCGAACUGUAUGGCUGGAAUAGUUCAAAUGCACUGUUCCGUUUCUAAGUUGUAUUGCUUUCCUAGCAGACUUGAAUGGUAUGCAUGGUUUGGUAUAGCAUGUCGGCUGUAGUGCUGGUACUACCAGGGAUAAAAGUGGUAACAUGCAACAUACUGAUGCUGCCAAGGUACCAAAUACUGCGACAAUCUUUCUUGCUCGAAAUUUCUCACCGAACAGCAGACACAGUGGUAUGAAUAGAUGCGGUAUUCCAAACAGUGUUGUCAAUCCAAUCUGUGCCGGGUUGAAACCAAGUUGUUUCAUAAAAAGAUUGAAAUAUUCACAGAACAUUAUUACUGAUCCUGGACAACUGAAGAAAUACCAUUUUAGAGCGACAGAUUUUAGCGAGAAUUUUACCAUGAUAAUCGACAUAUAUUUACGUUUGUGACUAGCUCUAUUGAAUCUGAUAUGCGCGUCAGUGAGGCGUAUAAAUCUAUACAUACGGUUGAAGUGGAAAAAAAAUAUAUGCAUGCAUGCAUGCUGCUUAAAUAUAUGCAUGCAUGCAUGUAAACUUAUGUUGGCUGUUAUGUUAACGUUGUUAACCGUGGGUUUCGCGUAUCUCAUGAGCUUGACCUUGAAACGUUCUAAACUGGUUUGAACAGGGUUUUCUUAUUAAGUUUAUAUUGACUAUAUUGGGUGAUAACCUAGCCUACGGUCUACACCGUAGGCUAGUGAUAACCAUGCUUCAUUGCAUUUCCUAGUUUGCGCAACAAAGCGUGAUAAUUGCACUUGACUAUAUUACCAUAUUUAAAUUACAGCAUAUACCGUUUAUAUGCGGUAAUUUGAAUAUGGUAAUGUCGUCAAGUGCAAUUAUCACGCCUUGUCGCGCAAACAAAGAAAUGCAAUGAAGCAUGGUUAUCACCCAAUAUAGUCAAUAUAAACUUAGCAGUACAGGGUGUCUCAAAAAACGCUAUGGAAAUUCAACAGGCUGUCGUGCAUCAUAAACGUGGCUAAACAAUUAAAUUUUUACAUACGACGAAAGAACAGUUAUUUAGCUUUUCAAUGAUACUCUUCUUAAAUCGUAACGAUGAGAAAUGGCCACAUACUCGUCAAAUAAAAAUUGCCGGUCGAAAUCGCAUUCUUCCACUGUUGGGAAUUGCAUGGUAAACGAAACAUAGACAAUUCCCAAGAGGGAAUUAAAAUUGAAUGUUAAGUUAUCUAAAAUGAGCACAACUCGUCAAUCUUCGUCUUAGUGAGACAACAGAUUGCUUAAGAUCGACGACGUCAAACGGAACAAAUAGCUUGCAGCGGGCUCGCGUAACACCGCGGAAAAACGUCUGCGCAUGCACCAAAUUAUGAAAAUAUGGCGGGGAAUUUGAAUAUCAAUUUCUAAAACAAAAACAUGCUUAUUAAUUGGUCAAAAAUUAGUAAAACAAACGAGAAAAUAUAGCAAAUGGACUAGACAUUAAUUGAAAGCGUCCUGGCAUUUAAAGUAUGGAAUGAAAUAUAAUUCAUGAAAAAAAUUGUUGAUUUUAACGGACACGACUUCGAAAAUUUUUGCAAAAUUAUUCAAAACAAAAAUUCAAACUCAAAAGUUAAGAAAACUCUCGAAAAGUUAAGCUUCUUAACCCACUCAAAUUGUAGAAUAAAUCCUAAAGUUUAAUUAUUGUGAACACGAAAAUCUUUUAUAUUUGGCGACACAGUUUUUUUUAAAGAAAUGUAUCUCAAACGAAAAUUCGGAAAUUGUCGUUGCUUAGUUGAUAAACAAAAUGUUUCAGACCAUAAAUUUGUCAACAAUCACCUUUAGUUCGUGUUCUUGUACAAUACAAUUUCUUGAACCUUCUGGCUGUAUAUAUUCCUAGUUUUUAGAAUGACAUGUUUAUUUUUGCGCUCGAAAUCUGGCUGUAAAGACGCACAAUGAAGUCACUCCUUUUUACCGCCAUUUUGAGCCUUCGGAAACGUUCGGAACAGCUUCUCAUCAAGUUCGCAAUACUAUUACAAGUAAGGUUGACGCAUGCGCAGACAGAUUAACUAACUUUGCAUAAUUAAUGUAUUUUCAAUUCUCAACCGUGGAAGAAUGUGAUUUCGACCGGUAAUUUUUAUUUGACGAGUAUGUGGCCAUUUCUCAUCGUUACGAUUUAAAAAUGGUAUCAUAGAAAAGCUAAAUAACAGCUCUUUCGUCCUAUGUAAAAAUUGAACUGUUUAGCUAAGUUUAUGAUGCACGACAGCCUGUUGAAUUACCAUAGCGUUUUUUUUAGACACCCUGUAGAGUAGGACUGAUUUGAAAGUCUGAAUAUUUAUAAUGAGAAGCGAUUUUUAAAUCUGCCAAAUUAAACACAUAUUGAGUUGCUAGAUGUGUAAAUUAGUAUAUAUAUAUAAUCAUUACUUGUUUAUUAUUAAGCAUGACAAAAUUGGAUAAUUCUCAAUGUCAACAUCAUAUUCUCUCGCCAAAGCCCAGUCCUGCCAGACUUUCAACCAAAAUUUGGUGCUUUUGUUCGUAUUUUCAUUUAGUUAUUUUGCUUUAAGUUCCUCUAGGGCAAUGGUUAAAUGCUAAGUUCCUCAAUGGGUAAAUGCUAAGUUCCUCAAUGGUUAAAUGCUAAGUUCCUCAAUGGUUAAAUGCUAAGUUCCUCAAUGGGUAAAUGCUAAGUUCCUCUAGGGCAAAAACAGGGCCGUACACAACAGGGGGUGUGGAGGUGUGGCAAGGGGGCAACUGCCCCCCAGAUUUUUAGAAUGUCAUUAUUAAUUAUUCUUUGGAUAUUUGGGACUUUUUUCGGCAUACAGGUCUUACAGCCCCCUGUCCCUGGUGAAAAAAAUCCUGCGUACGGCCCUGGGCAAAAAUAAUUUGAUUUUGGCUUCUAGAAGACCUAGACUGAAUCCGAUUGAUUACAUCCUGUAGUCAAGAACGUUUCAAUAAUAUUUUCAAUCCGCACUAAGAUCUCGGGAAUGGAAAAUUCCUGCAUUCUGCCUGGAGACUAUUUGGUAGUAAUGUCAAUGUAUAUUUAUUAAAAUUGUUCAGUAAGAUUUACACGAAUGACAAGAUUAGCAGGCCAGCAUCCAAUAUACAAAUGAUGAAUGUUUAUUCGUGCAACGGUAAGAAUAGUUCCACGAGGUGAAUGAUAGAAUGUUCCAUUCAACGAGGCGACAGCCGAGUUGAAUGGAACAUUCCAUCUUUCACCGAAUGAAAAUAUUCUUACCAUUGCACGAAUAAACAUUCAUUAUUUGUUUUAUAUAAUACCAAAAUAGACUAACAGAUUCGUAUGAGAAGCAUUUUGACGGAUGCGAUUUAUCGAAAACACAAAUAGUGCAAUGGAAUAAAACCAUAGAUAUCUUAUAUAAACUAGAUAGUGCAUCUAAUUAUUCUGCAAUUCAAAAAUUGAAGCCGUGAUUGCAGUCUCAGGUUGUUCCCAUGAAAUGAGAGAAGAUUCGUAUAUUUCCUAUUUCGUAUAUACAACAGGGAACUUAAAUAUUGAGUUAACCCUAUUCCAAAUACAUUUUUAAAGUAUUCAAGUGAUGAAAGUUAUUGUUGUUUUUAAGCGUUUAUUAGCGAGUGGGAACGACCAACAUGGCCGCCAUCUAUUCAAAUGGGGGUAACCGCUGGAAUAUUCUUGGCUUCAAUUUUACUAAAAGAGAUGCGCUAUCUAGUGUAUAUAAGAUAUCUAUGAAUAAAACGCACUCGCAAAGAGUGCAAUGGAACGUAUUCCAUUGCACUCUUGGGAAAUGGAAUUUUCUAUUCAGUAUCACGUGACCAUAAACCAGGGAUUAUUCUGAGGAAAUUUUAUCACUGCACAAAAGCGCGAAAAAUGAUAAAAUUUAUAUCAAUUUAGCGACAUUUUAGAAAACGUUCUGACUGCCUUGCAUGAGUGCAUGUAUUCUGGUUCUGCACCUUGCAUGUCAUUAAUUACAGUAUAUGCAGGCAAAUGACAACUCAGAGACAACCUAUCCUAUUUGGAUAGGAAUGACUUGGUGCCCGAUCGUCUUGAGAUGCUGUGUGCUGAAAUUACUCGCCCCUUUAGCAAGUCGCUUUUUGUCUGCACAUGGUAUAGGCCUCCGAAGUCAAACUUGAGCUUAUUUAAUGAUUGUGAUGUAUUUUUUUCAAAAAUGCGAGUCUGAAAAUAAGGAAUUGAUUAUAAUUGGUGAUAUUAACUGCGAUGUUAUGAAAACCUCACCAGAUGCCCAUACACGACAAUUAAACUUUUUGUGUUCUCUUUAUCAACUUGACCAAUUAAUUAAUAAACCUACAAGAGAGACCAACACCUCGGCGACCUUGAUUGAUUUGGUCUUAACUAAUGCUAAAGAAAACAUUUCGACGUCUGGUGUAAUAGAUCUGGGGAUGUCUGACCAUAGUUUGAUUUAUGUGGUCAGGAAGUUCACCCUUCCAAAACUUAAACCUAAUGUGAAAGAAGUUAGGGAUUAUAAACAUUUUAAUGCUGAAUAUUUUAUUGGGGAUUUAGCCAGAAUGCCUUGGCAUGUAAUUAAUCAAUAUAAUAAUCCCAACGAGUGCUGGAGGGUAUGGAAAUCUUUCUUUAAUGAGAUAUUAAAUAUACAUGCGCCGAUUCGACAUAAGCGAGUAAAGGGGAACUCGGUCCCAUGGAUUACUCCGGAAAUUAAAUGUAUGAUGAGAAACAGAGACUAUCAUAAAAAAUAUGCAAUAAAACAUUCCUCACAGCCACAUUGGGAAAGUUUUCAAUUUCUGCGGAAUAAAGUGAAUGUUGAAAUGCGAAAUGUAAAAUCAAAAUAUUUUCAUGAUAAAAUCACUGAUUGCUCUGUAAUGAAUGACCCUAAAAAGACUUGGAAAUUAAUUAAUUCAUUAUUGGGAAAGAAUAACAAAUCCAACAAUGUGAAUGAGUUGCUGGUUGACAGCACGUUAGUUUCGGAUCCUAAAUCUAUUGCAGAUGCAUUUAAUGACUAUUUCAUAUUGGGUCGAGGCUAGCAGCAGAAUAUGUAGACGAGUCCUGUAGUAAUGUUGAUAAUCAGCCCAUAAACUAUAAUAUUAAUCAAUCCUUAGAUACUUUUUUUAAAGUAUCUCCAAUAUCCGUUGAUAGUGUUGCCUCGACCCUAAGAGGCCUAAAAGCAUGUAAAGCAACAGGUCUUGAUAAAAUUCCUGCUAAAAUUCUAAAAUUAUCUGCAAACAUAAUUGCACCCUCGUUGACAUUCAUCUUCAAUCUGUCGCUUGCAACAGGCGUAUAUAUAGAUGAAUGGAAGCGUGCUCGUGUUACGCCAAUAUUUAAAUCCGGGGAUAAAAGACAAUGUGAGAACUAUCGGCCUAUUUCAAUUUUACCGGUGGUGAGUAAAGCCUUUGAGAAGGAAGUUUUCCGUCAAGUAUAUAGAUACUUGUCUGAAAGCUCUCUUCUGUCAAAGUUUCAAUCUGGAUUUCGUCCAAAGCAUUCAACUGUAACUGCCCUCAUCCAAAUGUGUGAUGAGUGGCUAGAAAAUAUGGACAAUGGAAAGUUGAAUGGGGUUGUGUUCAUAGAUAUCAAAAAGGCAUUUGACUCUAUAAACCAUCGCAUUUUGUUAAAUAAAAUGAAUGAGCAAUUUGGAAUUUUUGGCGUAGAAUUAAAAUGGUUUGAGUCAUAUUUAACAAAUAGAGAACAGCAAUGUAAUGUUAAUGGAGAAUUAUCUAGUAAUAAAAUUAUCACCUGUGGAGUGCCCCAGGGAUCUAUACUGGGACCACUGCUGUUCCUAUUAUAUAUUAAUGAUUUGCCCGAUUGUUUGAAAUCAACUAAUCCAUGCAUGUACGCGGAUGAUACUCAAAUCUUUUCAUCUUCCUACGAUGCAAAUGAACUUGUUGUAAAUUUAAAUUCAGAUCUUGCCCAUGUCUGUAACUGGCUUAAAGAAAAUAGGCUGCAGAUGCAUCCAUCAAAAUGUAAAAUGAUGUUUAUUGGCUCCCCGUAUAAUCUUAAUAAUAUAAUGUGUGAGGAACCCGUUGUGGCUAAUGCAAAACCCAUAUCACGAAUUGCUACACAAAUGUGCCUAGGAGUAAAACUAGAUGAAACCCUUAAUUGGGAUAGUCACAUUGAAAUGAUAUGCAAGAAGGCGAGCGCUGCUAUUGGCGCUAUGAAACGUAUAAAGCCCUUUGUUCCAAUGCAUACCUUAGAAUCGAUUUAUAAAAGUCUUGUGCAGCCCUACUUUGAUUAUUGUUCCCCCCUUUGGGACACUUGUGGUAAGUUGCUAAGAGACAAGUUGCAAAGAUUUCAGUCUCGUGCAGCAAGAGUCCUAACGGGUGCUAAUUAUGAUACUCGCUCAGCUGAUCUUCUCAACAUGCUUUCUUGGGAUACACUUGAAAAUAGGCGGUCUGGUGCCAAGUCAGUAUUAAUGUAUAAAAUACUUAACGACCACACUGCGCCAGGUCUCCGGGGGUCAUUCGUGAGAAGAGAAAUAGAUCAAACUAAUUAUCAUCUUCGAAACACAGCAACUGAUCUAACAAUUCCUAAACCGAAACGAGAAUUUCUUAAAAAAAGUUUUAAAUAUAGCGGCGCUAUGCUCUGGAAUCAACUCCCAAACGAAGCAAAAUUGGCCGAGUCGCCUCAUUCGUUUAAAUCAAUUGUUGGACAGCGACAUGCUUCCUAAUUAUUUGUAUAUAGUAACGUGUACAGUAUGUGUGUACUAAUAUUUAGUUUAAAUUUUCCUUUUAAUGAUUUUUAAGAUCUAAACACGCCCCCCAUGGAAACCAGCCUAGAGUUGAUGGGGCUAGCGUGUUCUUCUUUCCGUUAAUUUUAAAUAAAGUAUUACCUACCUACCUACCUACUGCUAAUGAGCCCAAAUCUGCAUUCUGCAUAUUCUAUUUCAUGCAAAGAUAUACACAUUUCAAAUAUUUUUUGAAUCGCAUGCAAAACACCAAGCAAUAUUGCUCAAGAUCUAGUCUUUCAUACUUGUGAAGUAGAUUAAUUAUAAACUGUUGAUUGUGUCACCAAACAGCGUCAAAAAUCUCAAAACAAAAAGUGAUUUUCUUGAACACGACUUGGUCGCUAGGAGAGAGUACCCGAUCGGAAUAAAUAUGCCACCGAAACAUUUGUAAAUCAAUGCUUUAUUGAUCAAAAGGUCGGCAAACAGUAGCCGAGCUCUAAGAUUGCAAUAAUUUUGAGUUAAGUACUUUAACCCUGUAUAUUCCCAGUAAAAACUGAAAGCCAUUUUGUCACCAAUUUCUGGUACUGAACAAUAUCGCAUUUUAUCACUGCACAUAAUCUAAUUUAUCACUGCACAUGCAAAUCACAUUUAUCACUGCACAAAUUGGUUAUCACUGCACCUUAGAAUAAUCCCUGCCAUAAACAGCCAAUUAAACGAUCAGAAUUCAAUAAGGUAUUAUAUAAUAUAGUUUCUCACACAUUAAUUGGAUGAUUACGUAAUUCUACGAAAAUACAAUGAAACUUAGACAAAAACAAAACACAAUGACUUAGCCCCGUUUACACUACGCUCGAUUUUUGGUACCGUUCCACUUUUUUGGUAUCUAUGCAAAGCAAAAGUUUGUCUUGUAAACUGAAUACAUAAUUAACCCAGUGUAUAAUUUAUGCAUGAUACUUAAUUCGUUGACAGAGGUAUCCAGUCUCUCUCUACUCUUGUUUUUUUUCUGUUGUUGCUGUCGUUGUUAUCGUUGUCAUUCCACAUCACUGUCUUGAGCUACUUUAUCAUAUUUAUGCAGACUUGUUGAAAAGCGAAUGUGCAGAACUAACAUAACCAGCACUACAGCAGAUGAUAUUGAAUAGAUGAGCAAUGUUAGCUGUGUGCCCAAGGCGUGGAAAAGAACUCCCAUCACAGUCGAUCCGAUUUCACAUCCUACAGAGUAGACUGUUUCUUGUAGGCCUAAAAGCAUGAAAAAUUCUUAACCAAUAGACAAUUCCCAUUAUAGACUAAUUUUAAAACUAGGCAAGGAGAUGCAAAUAAAUCACCACAGCUAGAAAGAGCAUACUAAAAUUAGUAAAAUUACAAAAUUUGGUUGCGAAAUGUUGUAAAAUGGGGAAAAUAUAGCCUUGCAAAGUUUGCAAAUUUUGUAUACUUUUGUAUUGCGUGCGACAUUUUCGGCCUAAAUGUGGUAGGAAUGUGGUAGGAAUUUCCGCACGCAAUACAAAAGUAUACAAAAUUUGCGAACUUUGCAAGGCUAUAUUUUCCACAUUUUACAACAUUUCGCAACCAAAUUUUGUAAUUUUACUAAUUUUAGUAUGCUCUUUCUAGCUGUGGUUAUUGAUUUGAGUUUCCUUACAUAAUUUUAAAAUUAGUCUAUAAUGGAAAUUGUCUAUUAUCUCAAACUCAUUAAUAAUUCAGAAGGAAAUGACCUCACAUCACUGAUCUCAAGACUAGGGCUGGACCACAGAGACGUCAUAUAGAGCUCUCACUUCUGCGGGAAAACCGUCAGGUAGUUUUUACUGCGUAUAUCUGGCGGUUAUGUUCUUAGCAAGUGCCUUAAAGAGAGGCAUUCACCCCCCUGGAACAUUAGAUUUUAAUUUGUUUUCAGGGGAUGCGGCCUGUCUUUAGGGCACUUGCUAAGAACAUUGCGGACUGAAAAAAUCCCUCACGCUGAACAUAAACUCAUUAGAAUAACAAUAUAACUCAUUAUCUAUGUUAGUCAACAUUCAUAAAUCUGGUCGUCCACCGUCACGUACGUAUUGCAUUUUUGCCCAACUAACCAAUAGCAAUGUCUUAGGAAAGUCACCUAUCCGUGACUCGAGCAAUAGGGUAAAUUGCUAUUGGUGGAUUUGGCAAGAAUACAAUACACACGUGACGGUGAAGGACCAUAUUUAUGAAUAAACGUUGACUAACAUAGAUGAGUUAUAUUGUUAUUCUAGUGAGUUUCCAAACCAUCUAUUCUAUUAACUAUGCGCUAAGGGGCCGAUUACAUGGAGAACUUUCAACCCCGGGGUUGAACUCAGCCCUGUUAACCAGGUUGAAAUUUUUUUCGAUUACAUGGACGAUUUCAACCAUCUGUGGCAUCAAUGAAGCCAAUGACGGCCAUUUUGGUGCGACUAAGUUACAUAGGAAAAUACAUUUGCUUGACAAUGUAGCUAAUGGACCUAUUCCCUAAUGAACAAAAAAUUGCUCUCAAUUUCGCAAAACACCUAUUUGUAUCCGGUUUUUUAUAUAUAUAUAGCUUCUUUGGGUACUUAUAAUGUAGAAUAAUGAAAAAAAUUUCUCGAACUUUAAUUUUGUGAACCAGGGGGGGGUGUCUUUUCCAACAAACUAAAAAUGGCUCGCGCACAAAAUUUAAAAGCUGUAAUCAUAUUUUGAGUUAAUAGAUGGAUGAAUAGUUAAGGGGGCUUAAACUAAACCAAAUUGUCUGAAAUUUUGUACAGUAAUUAAAAACCCGACAAAUUUUCCAGUCUGUUAACUCAAAAUAUGAUUGCAGCUUUUAAAUUUUGUGCGCGAGCCAUUUUUAGUUUGUUGGAAAAGACACACCCCCCCCCCCUGGUUCACAAAAUUUGGGUUCGAGAAAUUUUUUUCAUUAUUCUGCAUUAUAAGUACCCAACGAAGCUAUAUAUAUAAAAAACCGGAUACAAAUAGGUGUUUUGCGAAAUUGAGAGCAAUUUCAAAUCUGUUCAGUUUUUUUAUACACCCUGUAACUCUUGAGUAUAAGAGACCAUGCUGUCUCGUCACAUCAGGACCCGCUGGUUACCACUUACCGAGGAUCAUACUUGAGUUUUCGUUUGAUGCAGCCUUGUAGAAAAUUGCAGUGAAUGCACAGUAAUUGAGAGCAAGAGCAACCGCUUGAGAUGUGUCAAUCACAACAACCAACCAAGGUACUCUUGUGAACGACAGCGCAAAAUACGAACACGCAUAAAGAAACAUUGCCACACAUACAGUAUUUAAUUCACCAAUCUUUCUUAUCAAACGAGUUGAUAGAAACACAGACAUCGCUACCAUUGGCCUUCUCACGAAACCUGCAGCGGCAAUUAAUAACGGGCUUGCAGAUAAUUCAUCUAAGUACCAAAACUCCCAGGCAUUUUGAAACACUAAACACAUCCCGGCAUAAAACAUAAGCACGAACAUAAAAAUGUAGUGCGCAUUAAAAACAUCAGUUUUAACUCCAGACCAGGUAAAUGUUUUUUUCUCGUUGUACUCAAACUUAAACCAAGGAAGAGAUACCAUCGAAAGUAAGAGUAUAAUUCCUCCCCAUAUAAAAGCUAUGAAAUACCCAUACUUUUCAACUCCACACAUAUUUAUCCGAAUGUACCAAGCUAGCACCGCGACAGACCAUAGUUAAUAUAUGGCGCCAGCUAAAUAGGUCCACAUGCGAUAAACGCCAUAACUCCCGUUUCCUCCUUGAAUGAAAGUCAUUGUGGCUAGGUUUGCCAAGGAUAGAUCUAUACGAUCAAAAAACAUCGUCAGAGAUCUUGAGAUUAUCAGUAUUAGGAAUAAAGCACUUAGCGAAGACUGUGAAUUGUGAGUAUUGGAGGAGGGUUUGGCUGGAUUGCUGGAAUAGUUUGAGUGUACAGAAGUAGAACUCUGUCGCAUACGUUGUGUAGAUAAGGUGUUGUUAAAUCUUAAGGAAUGGUGAAUCUUCGAGACAGAUAGGCGCGUUUUAUCCUUCGAGUACUUCGAGAACAUUUGGCCAUUAUGGCGCGAAGCAACUUGUAGUAUUGAUGGAGUGUUGGUUGAUAUUAAAUAUGGUUUGGAAUGGUGCGGUUUCGAGUCAUGAGUUAUGCGGGUUCUAGUAGGGUUUGAAUUCUUGGAAUGCACUGACACGGUAUUCAGUGGGUUGUUCAAUGGCAAAUGAGAAAUCGUUUGGUGGAUCAUGAAGGCAGACGAGUUAUUGGUUGUUAUAUCGACCGAACUAUUAAUAAAGAUAAGUUUUUGUACCGUUUAAAGAGACUUUGUCGAUGUAAAGUGCUUCUUGUUGCUGCGAACUGCAUAGCUUGAAUAGUUAUAGUUCAAAUGCACUGUUCCGUUUCUAAGUUGUAUUGCUUUGCUAGCAGACUUGAAUGCUAUGUAUGGUUUGGUAUAGCAUGUAGGCUGUAGUGCUGGUACUACCAGAGAUAAAAGUGGCAACAUACAACAUACUGAUGCUCCCAAGGUACCAAAUACUGUGACAAUCUUUCUUGCUCGAAAUUUCUCACCGAACAAUUAUAGACACAGUGGUAUGAAUAGAUGCUGUAUUCCAAACAGUGCUGUCAAUCCAAUCUGUCCCGGGUUAAAACCAAGUUGUUUCAUAAAAAGAUUGAAAUAUUCAAUGAACACUAUUACUGAUCCUGGACAACUGAAGAAAUACCAUUUUAGAGCGACGGAUUUUAGCGAGAAUUUAACCAUGAUCAUCGACAUAUACUUUACGUUUGCGACCAGCCCUAUAUUGAAAUCUGAUAUGCGCGUCAUUGAGGCGUAGCGACUUUAUUGUAACCUUAAGUUAAAUAUGCAUAUAUUUAUUUUUAAAUAUGCAUGUAAACUUAGCAUGUUGGUUGUUAUGUUAAUCGCGGGUUUCGCGUGUCUUGUGAGCUUGAAACGUUCUAAACUGGUUUGAACAGGGUUUUCCUGAGUACGGCCCGUUUGGUUUCAGACGGCGUACUCUUCAUGUGCCGAACUUAAUUGUAUUAGAUGCGACACAAGAACGGCAGUGAUUCAAACGGCGUACCAAAUACAAUGUUAUUGACAAGGUUGGGGGGCAUUCGCCAGCGAAACCUCAAUAAAAUUCAAAAUAAAUAAGUUUAUUUUUAGACUAAAGUUGAGUUAAGUUUGGCACAUGAGUGGAGCGGCGUAUGAAUCAACGUCGCUCCAACGUCGCAUAAUGCGACAAGCUCUGCCGAACUUGUGUCGAACUUUUGCCGCUCCAAAUUCUGCCGUACUUAAUUGAUUCAUACGUCGCUCUUCUGCCGUACCUAAUUCAUCAAUUAAGUUCGGCACAUGAGAAGUACGCCGUCUGAAACGGGCCUACGUGAUUGCUUCGCAGAGAGCUAUGUUCCCAAUUUUUAAUUAAGGGUUCAGUGGUUCACCAUGUCAAUCGUCUAUUACGCAUCACGUGUAUCUCAGUGUCAAAAAUCAUCUCUUAUAGAUUAAACUGGCGAUGCCCACUAAUAGUUACUUAGUUGUGUAAAAAUUUGGAACAUAUAGUUAUUGCAUUUUUGGAACAAAUUAUAGUUAUUGGAUUUUUCUCAAGUUUAUAUCGAGUGAUAACCUAUAAUGCACCUCGCACUGUCCCUCGGACUCUACAAAUCCGCUAGCGAAUAUGACCGGGGAGUUUCGGGUGGGGGGGGGUGUUCGGGGGUUCGGGUUCGGAUUGCUCAGGUAUGUACCUAGCACGGGUACUACCCGCAUUCUAAAAUUUAGAAUAUUGGGUAAGUACCCAUUUAGAAGUAGCGAGACGGUUGAUAUGGACCGGGGGGGGGGUCCAUAUACGCGAGGAGUCCAAAUCCGCUGUGACACCGGAAAAGGCGACGUUACACAAUGCAAUAAAAUAGAACUGGAUAGAGUGUCCUUUUGAAUUCAAUGAGCCAAUUUUGAAAGUCUGAAUAUUUAUAAUGAGAAGCGAUUUUUAAAUCUGCCAAAUUAAACACAUAUCGAGUUGCUAGUUGUGUAAAUUAGUAUACAUAAUCAUCAUUACUUGUUUAUUAUUAGCAUGACAAAAUUGGAUAAUUCUCAAUGUCAACAUCAUAUUCUCUCGCCAAAGCCCAGUCCCUGCCAGACUUUCAACCAAAAUUUGGUGCUUUUGUUCCUAUUUUCAUUUAGUUCUUUUGCUUUAAGUUCCUCUUAGCCAGGCUCAAUGGAUGAAUGCUAAGUUCCCCUAGAACAAUCCGAUGGAUUACAUCCUGUAGUCAAGAACGUUUCAAUAAUAUUUACGCGAAUGACAAGAUUAGCAGGCCAGUAUCCAAUAUACAAAUAAUGAAUGUUUAUGAGUGCAAUGGUAAGAAUAUUUUCAUGAGGUGAAAGAUGGAAUGUUCCAUUCAACGAGGCGACCAAAAUACGUAUUCCAUUGUACUCUUGGGAAUGGAAUUUUCUAUUCAAUAUCACGUGACCGUAAACAGCCAAUUAAACGAUCAGAACUCAAUAAGGUAUUAUACUGUACAGUACGGGUGUCCCAAAAAAGUACCUUCUAUAGAAAUUAUCCUAUUGUUAUAAUUUGAAUGCUUGAGCACUAUGCUGAACACAAGAGUGCGUAAACACAAUUGAAUUGAAUUUUUAAUUUAAAGUGCAUAUGACAUGAAAUUUCUUAAUUGAAAGAACUCUUUAAGUUUACUCUAUUUUUCAGUUUCUUGUUUUUAUGGUUUGUUCCCGAGAUAUUUCAAUUUGUUUGAUAUGUAAAUGAUGUGAAUAUGUCCGUUAAUUUAUGACGUCAUGUUGGUUGCAAGCUCUUCAAAAUGCUUGAAUAUCACUGCUAUUAUCCAAGAUGAUAAUUUCAAACUCCACUCACUGGUAAAUGUGAUGAAAUACUGGAGAAAAACUUGAACUGAUAUCAACAGUUUUUAGAGUUAAUACAUUUAUAACCAGUGUAAGUUGAGCUUGCAACCAACGUGGCGUUAUAAAUUAGCGGACAUAUUCACACUCAUUUACAUAUCAAACAAACUGUCCCACAAUAUUGCAAUUUUGAUAGGCAGAUUGCUCUGAGCAAUUUGCAACCGACGCAAUCUCGUUCCCCGAGCAUGCCCGUUCGCAGGUUAAGGGUGGGCCUUGGGUUAAUUUAAUACUGGUUAAAUUUCUUGGUUAUUUUACCUUUUCAGUACUAUAGUUAUUCUGCUUAAAUUAACCACACUGCUAUGGAUUCUCCAAUGUUGGACCUAAAUUUCAGGCUACUGUAUCUUCAUUUACUGGUUCUUUGAAUACAGUUAUGUUUCCUUUACAAAAUAUAUUUUAAUUAACAGGCCAAAUUGGAUAUUAAGAAAGAUAAGAAGGUUAGUUAGCUAUCCUUUCUUCAACAUAAUGUGCUUACUUGAUUUCAAUGAAUUGUAAAGCGUGUUACUGAUAAUGUUGGAAAUUACACUUGCUGUUUUUGUUUAGGGGCUGGUAUUUGUCCACGGGGCUAAUGUCGUCGAUGCAGGGGACUCAAAAUCUCUGUAUGACAUUUUUGAAAAAGGUUCUGAGAAUCGGCAUGUAGCGUCAACAAGUAAGUAAUAUGGAACAAUCUGGUAUCAAUUUGGACGGAAGUCCUCAUUUUCUUGCAUUGUGUGGUGAGGAUCGUUUAAGCUAUUAAGUAUAAUUCAGAAUGAUAUUGUAUUAUUUGAUGCCAUAUUGUGAUAUGGUUAUGAUGUGGCUUGGUUUCAUGUGUUAUGAUAAGCUACAGUAUGGUGUGCUAUGGUAAAGUAUGGUGUAGAUUAAUCUGGUAUGGUAUGGUAUGGUAUGGUAUGGUAUGGUAUGGUAUGGUAUGGUAUGAUGUGGUAUGGUAUGGUAUGGUAUGGUAUGGUAUGGUAUGGUAUGGCUUGGUAUGGUAUAGUAUGGUAUGAUAUGAUGUGGUAUGGUAUGGUAUGGUAUGGUGUGGUAUGGUGUGGUACAAUAUGGUGUAGUACAAUAUGGUGUGGUACAAUAUGGUAUGGUACAAUAUGGUAUGAUAUGGUAUGGUAAGGUUCAAUAUUGUUUGAUAUGAAAUGGUUGGUAUAGUAUAAUGGUUAAUAGUAUAAAGGUUUGGUGUAAUAGAGAUUUAAUGGAGCAAUAGUUUCCUAUAUUUGUCAUAAUGUAUUUCUGAAUAUUUUCAUAGAAAUGAAUUCUGAAAGUUCAAGAUCACAUCUUAUCUUAAGUAUCAUCAUUGAAAGUACGAACAAAACAACUGGUUCCGUUCUCAAAGGAAAGGUAAGGAAUUCUUCUUGUUACACAGCAUUGUAAACCACUAAACUGUUGUGUUUUUGGUCGGAAAAAAACCCUGAAAAAGAUUCUGACCCAAACCACAGCAGUCUACUCUAUUCGAGAAUAAUAUCUACACCAUGCAGACCCCCAAAUUAAUGAAAUAUCUUAUCAUGAUUUCUUUCUUUUAGCUUAGCUUGGUAGAUUUAGCCGGUUCUGAAAGGGCAUCGAAAACACAAGCAAGUGCUGAACAAUUGAAGGUAAAUGGUCCGAAUCCAGUAUGAUUUACCCUUAAUGCAGGUUCGUAUUUUCAAAGACAGUGGUCAGAGCUGAAUAAAUCAAAUUUCCUUUCCUUUCCUUACAGGAAGCUCAAAGUAUCAACAAAAGUCUCAGUGCACUGGGCGACGUCAUAUCUGCUCUAUCGAGUGAACAGGCGUUCAUUCCAUACCGUAAUAACAAGUUGACCAUGUUGAUGCAGGACUCGCUAGGUGAGAUGAGCUACUAACUUAUUAGAAUGUUAGGGUUUAUAAUCCAAGUGAUUAUAUACAUUCGGAUAUAAUCACUUGGAUUAUAAACCCUAACAUUCUAAUAUUAAUUCCACCAAGUGAAGUACAAGAAACCACAUCAUUCAAGUUGAGCUACUAACUACCUUUCGUUUAAAAUACUAAGAGAGAGCUGUUUAACAUUGACAUAGUCUGUCAAGAUAUCCUGGUCUCUGGAAGCCAGGCAAACUUCAAAGCCACAAAAUAGAAGACCUUUGUUUGAUGCUGAACAACAUCUCACCACGUGAACAAAUCCUACGAAAAUACAUUGAGCUCAAUCACCGUGACUGUGCACAAAUUAACAUAAGCUCAGACAAAAACAUAACACAAAGACUUGGGCUAGUAUUCCAAAGGUCGUAGGUUCGAAUCCCGCCGUGGCCAGGCAUAUUUUUCAAGCCUGCCCGGUGUGGAUAUACACUCAGAGUAACAUCACACAAACAUCUUAUUCACCUGAGUACAUUACACCAACACAGCAGAUUUCACAAAGACUUCUAUUCAGUUUCCAGACCAUCAUAUCUUGACAGAAUAUGGCAUUGGCAAUAGACCUUAUGCAUAAUGACGUCACAAGGCUUGAUGCCCUCGAGUAAUGCUGGUCUUAGUAGUCAUCGCCCGGGAAAAUUAAACAAUUCAAAAUGGCCACUAUCGAAAUUUUCCCGGGCGAUGACUACUAAGACCAGCAUUCCUCGCGGGCAUCAAGCAUUGUGACGUCAUUAUGCAUAAGGUCUAUUCUUAUUUCCGUGACUGACGUAUGACAUGAAAAUAGGGCCCGUUGCGUAACAAUAGCGCAACCCAGUCACGAUUCAGUAUUCGCGAUGUUCCAAGAGUCUAUUGAAAUGUGAUAGUAAAUUUGGGUAAAGCUGAAUGGAAAUCAGCACCGUGUCGUUGUCUUGAAACCACAGUAAUAAACGCCCGUAAUUUUGUACAGGAAUUUAUUGACUGUUUGUUUUUUUUCUCAGGUGGAAAUGCUAAAACUCUUAUGUUCGUGAACAUCUCACCUGCUGACUACAACACUGAUGAAACUGUUACUUCGUUAACGUAAGUCAGUUUGUUAGGAACACGUGACGUACAUUACACGUACUUUGAAACCAGAAAACCACAUAUGAGAAGUGUGCUCCAGUUUGACUACCAAACCAUAUAAUAUGACCAAACACAGGAUGUUUUCUUUGGGUACCCCGGUUUCCUCCUACAAGCUAAGAAACUUAGCAUAAAGUUUGGCCUUUACUGUUCCUCUCUAUCCAGAUUUGUCUAUCCAGCAUAAACAAAGUUAGUUUUCUUUGUGUUGAGUUUAUUGUAUUUUUUUUCUUUCAACUCCAGCUAUGCGUCUAGAGUGAAACUGAUCACCAACGAUGCUUCGAAGAACGCAGAAAAUAAAGAAAUUGUCCGACUAAAAGGAGUAAGUGAAUUCGCCCAUAGCACACGCCCUUGUUCUUCGUUAGGUUGAAUGUUUCUCAAUAGACAACUUGCAUGUUAGACUAAUUUUUUAUCUAGGCAAAAAAAGUAAAUUCCCGUAAAGAACUUAUUAAAAUUAGUAAAAUUGCAAAAUUUGGUUGCAAAAUACGGAAAAUAUAGCCUUGCGAAGUUUGCAUAUUUUGUAUAUGUUUGUAUUACGUGCGGAAAUUGUUACCAUUUUUGAGCCGAAAAUGGUAACAAUUUUCGAGCGUAAUACAAACACAUACAAAAUUUGCAAUCUUUGCAAGUCUAUAUUUUCCAAGCUUUACAACAUUUCGCAAGCAAAUUUUGCAAUUAUACUAAUUUCAUUAUGUUCUUUUUAGCUGUGGUGUUUGAUUCCCUUCUCUUUACUUAGAUUAAAAUUUAGUCUUUCUUGCAAGUUGUCCAAUUUAGUGAUUCAUUUUUGUUUGAUCUGCAAUAGCUGUUCUUUAAUUCUUUUUCGCCUUUUUUCUUGCAGAUCAUCGCAAAACUAAAGCAAGGUGAAAGUGUGGACGAUGAAGAGCAAUAAGCACUUUUAUUAUUUAUUUAUUCCACUGUAUAGGUAAACUUGAAUUUUUGUUGAAAAUAGUUUUAAGCACACGUCCGUUGUCGAACUGCUGGACAGUUCAAUGUCAUUGUAAAUAAUUGUACGAUUAUGAGGCUGUCGAAACUUUUUUAAAACAUCAUCAAGAUUUUCUAAUGGCUGUUAUUCGCUUUUUAUAAGGCCAACUAGAGACGCGUCUGCUGAAAGGGCGAGGUCCGAGGAUGUCAGCGGAGGGCGCUAGCACCAUGAAAACUGGAAAGUCUGAUAUUUAACUUCUUGACAUUAUUGCACCUGCUCGCGUUGUUAACCAUUUCGAUUUAAGUCCUGGUCAAACGAGGUUGAGAGUUGAGAAGCGAGAGUUCGCAUGAGAGUUUUUCUCAACUCCCGUGUCCCGGUCAAACGAGAACAAGAGUUGCAUGAGAGUAAAUCAUUUUUAAUGAGAGUUGAGGAGCGAGAGUUCGCAUGAGAGUUUUCUCAACUCUCAUGCCCCGGUCAAACGAGAACAAGAGUUGCAUGAGAGUUGAUGAGAGUUGACGAGACUACGGG